UAAAUAAACCCUAUUAUCCUAGAUAUAGCUUUUAUUAUCACUAGCCCAAUGGCCCCAGCGACAGUCCGCCCGUUCACAACAUCAGCUCAGCGCCAUGGCAACAUGCUGCUUCGGCCAGCACGAUACACACGCGUAGUGCUGCCGCCGAUGGCUGCACGAAAAGGCUUUGGUGAACCAAAGAGGGACCAGGCUAAGCGUCCAGAGGCACCCCCCCAGCAGCAACAAGGACCUGCCUCCACUAGCGGCAACGGUAGCGGCCCAGCGGCGUUCGAGGCGGCCCAGUCCGGGGGGCCCGUGCCUCGUACCCGGGUGGUGCGGGAGACACCCCAGGUCGUCGUGGACCGGAUGUUCCGCCGCAUCCUCGUCUGCACCGGAGUGCCUGUCUUCACGGGCAUGGCGCUGUUCCCGCUCUUCUAUUGGCUGCGGGUGGUCCAGGACAUCGAUUACCCGCUCUGGAUAGUCUACAUCGCACAGGUCCUUACCUUUGGCGGGGGUCUGUUGGGUAUCACGUACGGCGCUCUGUCGGCCUCCUGGGACCCCAGUAGGGAGGGCAGCGCGCUGGGGUGGACGGAGCUGCAGGCCAACUUGGCGAUUUUGCUGAACCGCAACAAGAACUAAUGAGGCUGUGUGUGUGAGAGAGAUAGAGAUAGCGAGAGGGAGAGGGAGAGGGGAGAACUCCCCCGCUUGGUGGAGCCAGGGAGUGUCUCCGGUGGGAGAGGCGAUCUAAUAGCUGGUGCGGCUGAAGUCGUGGGUGACUGAGGGCUUUGUGAGAGUGUUUUGGGGCACCGAAGUACGCUGUGUGAUUCCGUUUCGUUUCGUUUCGUUAUGUUUGUAUGAUCGGUUUUGAUCAAGAUUGCGCCCGGGCGGGGCCCCCAGGUGGGCUUUUGAAAAGGACUGGACGUGGUGCCGGGCGGUGAUUGAUGAUAUGGUGGUUGAUGAUAUGGUGGUCGCAAUGGCCCUGAGAAAUGCAGGGUUGGGCGGACGGAGUAAGGGGCUAGUCGGCGUCAGGUUACUGUUUGGCUGGGCUGGUGGUGACAGGCUGUGUGGCUUGGCAGGGCCCGGCUGGAACCCGGUGGCCCACCCCGCGUGCUCUGGGCGCUGAGGAGAUCGGAGCCAUGCAUUGAGGCACCGGGCCGUCCUUGGUGAUGUGUCUGUGAAGAAUGGAUGAAUGGAGGAGGCGGAGGAGGAUUUGAGCUGCCUUAGUCAGUCUGGCCUGGGAGGUGAGGUGUAGCCGCGCCAGGUUAACAGCAGAGCCUUUUGGAGGGGAGGGCUCUGUGGCGGCAGCAGUAAUGUUCGCUGUCACGCCAGGGAGCUUUGCCGGAUCGAGGUGUAACGAAUGCGGAAAUU